CGAUCAGUUGAGUUUUGUGCGUUGUGCGGUGAAGUGUGCUGCGGCCCCCAAAAAAAGAAAAGAAAGAAAAGCAAAAGCAGAGCCACACAGAGCAAGCUAAAAGCUAAAGGAGCGCGCAAAGAAAAAAGAGAGAUAGGCAGCAGAUCUUGCGGUUCAGUUACAGUUUUAGUUAAGCAGCGAUUGCCGGCAACGCCUGCAAGAGAGAGAGAGAGAGAGCGAAUCCCACGCAUUAAGAAUUUCUGAGUGUCCCGACAGCAAAGUCAAUAAAUCAAAAUGAGAGAAAUUGUGCAUCUGCAGGCUGGACAGUGUGGCAACCAGAUUGGCGCUAAGUUCUGGGAGAUUAUUUCGGAAGAGCAUGGCAUUGACAGCAAUGGCAUCUAUGUGGGCGACAGCGAUCUGCAGCUGGAACGUGUCAGCGUCUACUACAACGAGGCAUCCGCGGUGACGCGUUCCUCGGGUGGCAAGUAUGUGCCACGUGCCAUUUUGUUGGAUCUGGAGCCAGGCACUAUGGAGUCGGUGCGUUCGGGGCCAUAUGGCCAGCUCUUCCGCCCGGAUAACUUUGUGUUUGGCCAAUCGGGCGCUGGCAACAACUGGGCCAAGGGUCACUAUACAGAGGGUGCGGAGCUGGUGGACAAUGUGCUCGAUGUGGUGCGCAAGGAGUGCGAGAACUGCGAUUGCCUGCAGGGCUUUCAAUUGACGCACUCGCUGGGCGGCGGCACAGGCUCUGGCAUGGGCACGCUGCUCAUCUCGAAGAUACGCGAAGAGUAUCCGGAUCGCAUAAUGAACACCUAUUCGGUGGUGCCAUCGCCCAAGGUCUCCGAUACGGUGGUGGAGCCCUACAAUGCGACGCUCUCCAUUCAUCAGCUGGUGGAGAAUACAGACGAAACCUAUUGCAUUGACAAUGAGGCGUUGUAUGACAUUUGCUUCCGCACACUGAAGGUGUCGAAUCCCAGCUAUGGCGACUUGAAUCAUUUGGUGUCGCUGACCAUGUCCGGCGUCACCACCUGCCUGCGUUUCCCGGGCCAGCUGAAUGCGGAUCUGCGCAAACUGGCGGUCAAUAUGGUUCCAUUCCCGCGUUUGCAUUUCUUUAUGCCAGGAUUUGCGCCACUCACCUCGCGUGGCUCGCAGCAAUAUCGCGCGCUUACAGUGCCCGAGCUGACCCAACAGAUGUUCGAUGCGAAGAACAUGAUGGCCGCUUGUGAUCCGCGUCAUGGUCGCUAUUUGACUGUCGCUGCUGUGUUCCGUGGUCGCAUGUCCAUGAAGGAGGUGGACGAGCAAAUGCUGGCGGUGCAGAACAAGAACAGCUCGUACUUUGUCGAGUGGAUACCGAACAAUGUGAAGACCGCUGUGUGCGAUAUACCGCCCAAGGGUCUCAAGAUGUCCUCCACCUUCAUAGGCAACACCACGGCCAUACAGGAGCUGUUCAAGCGCAUCUCGGAGCAAUUCUCGGCCAUGUUUAGGCGCAAGGCUUUCUUGCAUUGGUACACGGGCGAGGGCAUGGAUGAGAUGGAGUUCACUGAGGCCGAGAGCAAUAUGAACGAUUUGGUUUCGGAGUAUCAGCAGUACCAGGAGGCUACGGCCGAUGACGAAUUCGAUCCGGAUGUUAACCAGGAGGAGGUCGAGGGCGAUUGUAUUUAAUGGUGUGGCCAGAGGAAUGAGGUGCGUGCGUGAGCGUCUCCUUUUAGCUCGCAGCGGUGGCCGUUUGUUUCUCGGCGGCAUGCGGCAUCAGCUGGGCGCCAAACACUGCAGCAUACUUUAAGGCGGACGCGACAACAAACCCCACAACACACACACAGACAGUCAAACACACACAUACACAUACAGGAAAUGUCAAGCGUAGUUUUACAACAAAAGGAAACAUUAUUAGCCGGCUCUGCAUUCAAAUUCACACACUCACUUUCACUUUCAGUCACUUGCUUUGCUUUCAUCUCUUUCAUUUGCUUCAUUUCCAACACUUUCUCUCUCUCUCCCUCACUCACUCUCUCUCUACACGUUAGGCACGUCUAUCGCAUUUCUCGCAGCCAUUUUUUUCUCAUCUCACUCAUUUGUUUGUUCGCUAUCCCGGCAAAUCACAACCUACUAUUUAAUUUAAGCAACACUUUUGAUAACAUUUUUUUAAUAUACGCGUAAUUAAUUAUUUA